CCUUGCGGCUGCGGAGCGGAAGUGACGUACUUUGAGCCAAAAUGAGGGAAAAUAAGAACAUGUCCGAGUCCCCCUCUCAAGCGGGAAAAGAAAUACCAGCGAAGAAACAAAAACUAAGCAGUGACGAGAACAGUAAUCCAGAUCUAUCAGGAGACGAGAAUGACGAUGCUGUCAGCGUUGAGAGUGGCACCAAUGCAGAGCGGCCUGACACGCCCACCAACACGGUCAACGCUCCGGGCAGGAAGCUCUGGGGAAAGGGCAAGUGGAAGUCCAAGAAGUGCAGAUAUUCUUUUAAAUGUGUCAACAGUCUGAGGGAGGACCAUGGCCAGCCUCUGUUUGGAGUCCAGUUUAACUGGCACAGCAAGGAGGGAGACCCGCUGGUGUUUGCCACAGUCGGAAGUAACAGGGUAACUCUGUAUGAAUGUCACUCUCAGGGAGAAAUAAGACUCCUGCAAUCUUAUGUCGAUGCAGACGCAGACGAGAACUUCUACACGUGUGCCUGGACCUACGACACCAACACAAGCCACCCGCUGCUGGCUGUAGCCGGCUCUCGCGGCAUCAUCCGGGUGAUCAACCACAUCACAAUGCAGUGUAUUAAGCAUUAUGUAGGUCAUGGAAACGCCAUCAACGAGCUCAAGUUUCAUCCGAGGGAUCCGAAUCUCCUUCUGUCUGUCAGCAAAGAUCACGCUCUUCGUCUCUGGAACAUACAGACGGACACGUUGGUGGCGAUAUUUGGAGGAGUGGAGGGCCAUCGUGAUGAAGUCCUGAGUGCUGACUUUGAUCUUUUAGGUGAAAAGAUAAUGUCCUGUGGGAUGGAUCACUCCCUCAAACUUUGGAGGAUCAACUCAGAGAGGAUGCAGAAAGCCAUCCGAGGCUCUUAUGAGUACAACCCCUCCAAGACCAACAGGCCUUUUGUCUCUCAGAAAAUUCACUUCCCUGACUUCUCGACGCGAGACAUCCACAGAAACUACGUGGACUGUGUGCGGUGGCUUGGGGAUCUAAUUCUUUCAAAGUCGUGUGAAAAUGCGAUCGUCUGCUGGAAACCGGGCAGGAUGGAGGAAGACAUCGAUCACAUCAAACCAAACGAGUCCAACGUGACGAUUCUGGGACGCUUUGAUUACAGCCAGUGUGACAUCUGGUACAUGCGCUUCUCCAUGGACUUCUGGCAGAAGAUGCUGGCUCUGGGAAACCAGGUGGGGAAGCUUUAUGUGUGGGACCUUGAAGUGGAGGAUCCUCAUAAAGCAAAGUGCACCACGCUGACUCUCCCCAAAUGCACGUCCGCGAUCCGGCAAACCAGCUUCAGCCGCGACAGCAGCAUCUUGAUCGCUGUGUGUGACGACGCCUCCAUCUGGCGCUGGGAUCGACAGCGCUGAUUAUUUCUUUGAAACGAACUCUUCUUGUUUCCCCUUACUUUCCCCCUGAAGCUUGCAGCCCCAUUAUCAAAUCUACGCCGCAAGAAAUGUCCAUUAAAUCUCACCUGACCUCCAAAAAGCUCUUCUUGUUUUUUCCUGAGGAGAAGUGAGGAACUUCACCAAAGUCAAACGGUUCCUUUUGUAAUUCUGGCCAAGGAGAUUUCUUUCCCUUUUCUUUGUCUUACAGGAGCAGGUUUCUAGUUAAAUAAAUCAGAUUCCUCAGAAGUUUAAAAAGUUUUAUGACAGGAAAUACAUUUUAUAUCUUAUAAAACAAAUCUGUGUGAAUCUCACACGUCUGACUUUUAGAAGAACGCUUUUCUUUGCCACAGCAGCGAUAGUUUAAACAAACUUUUUGUCCCAGAUAAAAUUUUAAAAUAAACUUUAUUAGCAUGUCGGUGUUAUUGGUGGAUAAGUGCCUUGUAGCUUCCUAUGCAGACUCCUUCAUCAGGAAUCACUGGAUCAGUCAGCUGCUCCUGUUCUCUGCAUUCAGGGAUGUUUUUCUGGGAUCACUUUGCAGAUUUUCAUCACUCUUUGUCGGGAAAAGAAGCUUUUAAGACACCACAGAUGAAACGACUUAAAGGUGGAUAUUUCUUGCAGCGUGCUGUCUUUUAUUAUGAUUUGUUCACACUUGAAGAUUUUUGUCGUUUUUGUUUUUUUUUAUUCAGUUUUUUUUUUUUAAAGGUGUCACAUUCCUUUGUGUCUUUUAAAAUAGUUUGCUGUUACAUCCCUCUUGUUCACCUCCAGGAGAACACAAACAACUCAAUAAAAAGUAUUUUGUAAAUAA